UUUACCCGCAGUUACCUGGCUUUAGUGACAGCUCUGGCCUGUGGCGCUGACUGGGGGUUCAUCCCUGAGAUGCCUCCAGAUGAUGGAUGGGAGGAGCAUCUCUGCAGGAGACUGACAGAACAAAGAGGUCGCGGCUCCCGUUUGAACGUCAUCAUUGUGGCAGAGGGAGCGAUGGACCGCAGUGGAAAGCCUAUUUCCUGUGAGCUAGUCAAACAUCUGGUAUCAGAGAGGCUCAGCUUCGACACUCGUACGACCAUCCUGGGGCACGUACAAAGAGGUGGAACCCCCUCUGCCUUUGACAGGAUCUUGGCGAGCAGGAUGGGAGUAGAGGCCGUGAUGGCUCUGCUGGAGGCCGCACCAGACACUCCUGCAUGUGUGGUCAGCUUGUCUGGGAACAUGGCUGUCAGGCUGCCUCUCAUGGAGUGUGUGCAAGUGACUAAAGACGUCACCAUAGCCAUGUCUGAAGGGAGGUUUGACGAUGCUGUGAAGCUCAGGGGAAAGAGCUUUGAAAACAACUGGAACACUUAGAAAAUGCUGGCUCAUCUGCACCCCCCAGACACAAAG